AUGCGGAGCCUCUCUGCAGGGGAGAGGGACAGAAGGCUGGUCCAGGCGGCUGAGGAGGGGGCAGUGGGGGAGCUGAGGGCGCUGAUCGCCGCAGGGGCCGACGUGGGGGCGAGGGGCGGGGGUGGGUGGACCGCCCUGCACUGGGCAGCAGACAGGGGAGGCGUCGAGGCGGCGAGGCUGCUGGUGGGGGCGGGGGCGGCGGUGGACGCCAGGGAUGACUGUGGGUGGACGCCGCUGCAUUACGCGGCAGCGAAUGGCCGCGCACAAGUGGCGGCUGCGCUGCUCGUCGCGGGGGCCGACAGGGGGGCCACAACUCGUCGUGGGGAGACACCGCUGGACCUCGCCAGGGAGUCUGGCUACAGGCGGCUGGUGGAGAUGCUGUCAUGA